UGUACGCACUUAAAGAUUAAAUACACUUUGCUGUGUAAGUCAUCCCGCUAAUCCAAGAUGGCGGAAGGUCAGGAGCCUCCGAAGAAAAUUAAUCUAACUGUUAAAACACCGAAAGACAAACAAACAGUGGAAGUGGACUCUGAUGCAUCAAUAAAGGACUUUAAGGUGCUCGUAGCUAAGAAGUUCAAUGCCGAGCCUGAACAGCUUUGUUUAAUAUUCGCUGGUAAGAUAAUGAAAGAUCAUGAAACACUUAAGACACACAACAUCAAAGAUGGGUUAACUGUGCACCUCGUGAUUAAAACUACUACACGCAACGCAAGUGAACAACCAGGAACCACACCAACACCGCCGAGAACAACAGCUGCUGAUGUUAGUGCAACACCCUUUGGUUUGGGUACCUUGGGUGGCCUGGCAGGACUAGAGAGCUUAGGAAUGGGCUCAGCCAAUUUCAUGGAACUGCAGCAGAGAAUGCAACGUGAAUUACUUGGAAAUCCUGACAUGAUGCGACAAAUUCUUGACAAUCCACUUGUACAGAGGCUCAUGAACGAUCCUGAGAACAUGCGAGCACUUAUUACAUCAAAUCCUCAGAUGCAAGAACUCAUGGAGAGAAAUCCUGAAAUUAGCCACAUGUUGAAUAAUCCCGAUUUGCUUCGCCAGACAAUGGAGUUAGCGAGAAAUCCAUCCAUGCUUCAGGAACUAAUGCGAAAUCAUGACCGUGCUAUAUCUAAUCUUGAAUCAAUCCCAGGUGGUUAUAAUGCCCUGCAGCGGAUGUAUCGUGACAUUCAAGAGCCAAUGUUGACUGCAGCAACAGAGCAAUUUGUUCGAAAUCCAUAUUCAACAACAGGCAGUAGCAGUAACAAUAGUGAUGGAAACAACCCACAGCAAGGUCAGGAAAAUAGAGACCCGUUGCCAAAUCCGUGGUCACCACCUAGCAGUGAAACAGGAACCACAGGAACUAGAACAGGAACUACUGGGACCACAGCAGGAGGAAAUGGAAACAGACCAGCCACAGGAGCUGAUUCUGGUCCGGCUACUCUCCUAGGCACCCCAGCAAUGCAAAGCGUCAUGCAGCAGAUGAUGGACAAUCCUCAGCUUAUACAGAGUAUGCUGUCUGCACCUUAUACCCAAUCAAUGUUGCAAUCUUUUGCUGCUGACCCAAGUACUGCUGCUGCAAUCAUUAACACAAACCCAUUGUUUGCUGAAAAUCCUGCACUACAGGACCAGAUACGGCGGAUGCUACCAAACUUUCUACAGCAGUUGCAAAAUCCUGAAAUCCAUAAUCUGAUGUCAAAUCCCCAGGCAUUAAAUGCAUUGCUUCAAAUACAGCAGGGAGUAGAACAGUUACGUAAUAUUGCGCCUGGUUUUGUUAACAGUAUGGGCAUGACUGCACCUACAACAUUGGGAGGUACUACUGCUGCCACGACGACUUCUUCUAGUGCUACUACCAGUUCACCUGCAACAGCAACAAACACUUCAUCAGCAACAACUGCUACAUCAACACCUACAAGCACCACGACCACUACCAGCUCCAUUGCAGGAGAUACUCAGGGAGCAAACCAACAGGAUGUCUUCUCGCAGUUCAUGGCUAGAAUGUUGUCCAGCAUGUCUACACAGUCUGGAGUCGGUAACCAGCCACCGGAAGAAAGAUAUAGGGCACAGCUGGAGCAGUUGGCAGCCAUGGGAUUUGUCAAUAGGGAAGCUAAUCUCCAAGCUCUUAUUGCAACAUUUGGGGACAUAAAUGCUGCAGUUGAGAGGCUACUGCAAAGUCGUCAGAUGUCACAAAGCUAACAAUACUACAGAGGUAAUUCCAUAUUCCCUGAGUAGUACUUGCCCAGGUUUGUUUGGGUUUCCACUGUGGGGCUACUACAUUAAGAGAGAUAUUUUCAAGAGGACAGCGAAAUAAUUAAGAUAUUUGGACAGCGCAGCAUUGAAACUUGUGGAUACUAUUCACUAUUGACACAAAAAUUUGUCAUAAUUUGAACUUUACAGGAAUAAUAAUGAUAAUAAUAAAAAAAAAGGAAACCAAGAAACCAGAUCGCCCAACACUUAAAUUUUAGAAGUUCAUAAAGCAUGCAACAAUAUGGCAUACUAUAGCUUCUUAAGAUUGUGUGUGUGCAUCUGUGUAUUUAUAUAAAUAAUAUAUAUAUAUAUUACCUGUUUCUCUCUAGUAUGUUAAGCCUUUUCUUCAGUGUUAUGUUAAAUAUGUAGUUGGGAAGUUUUUUUUCCUACUGUUCCGGAUCUUGAAAAAAACCAUUGUAACUGGCUUCAGGCCUAAUACUGUAAUCUUGUUACUAAUCAUCGUGUAAUGUAAUUUUCUGAGUAAUGAAAACACGUAAACCCAAGAACAGUGCUAGCAAUAUUGCCAAAGGUCUGUUUUGUUUGUGUAUAUAAUUAGGUAAGUGUGUGGAUAAAUAUGGGAGUCCACAAAUGAAAGACUGGUACAGUGUAACAGUUAUAUUCAAUACUGAAUAGCAUCCAAGUUUUGAAGUCAACAUCAAAGGUUUAUUUCAUAGUCACUAAUUCUGCAAAUCUAUGGAGUUUUCCCUCAGGAGAAUUAUGUAACUUGCAAAAUCACGUCAUUUAUGUGGUAGAUCCUGGACAUAAUAAACAUUUAUUUUUGAUUCCACGAUGUGCCAGUUUAAAGUGUUGUAGGUGCUGCACAUUAUUUUGAUAUGCCGCAGGUUGUUAUGCUUUCUCUGAUUGUUUAUGUUGGGUAUGUCGGUAAAGGUGUGAAUGCAUGUGCUAUGUGUUGUGUGAGAUGUUUCAUCUACAUUCGUUAUUUGAGAUCAGUUUUUGAUGGCAAUUAUUAAAAUGAAUUAAAAGUUGUCACUGCAGUAUCAAAACUGAAUGCAGUACUCAUUCAUGUCAAAUGAGAUAUAUUUUGAGAUCAGAAGCUUUUGACCAGUAACCAGAAAACAAUUGAAUAUAAAGCUAUGCAUAUGUAAUUUUCCACAUCAUUUAUAAAAGCUGUUGUACUGCAUCCACUGUUUUAAUAGAUUACACACACAAUUAGAAUUGGUAAAUUUUGUUUUGUAAUCAUGUUGCAAAAAAACUGCAAAUUCCUUUUAGUUUUUGUUUUUUCCAUUUAUGUUCAUAAUCUGCGAGUUGCUGGUGUUGAAAUAAAUUAGUGAAUAUGAUUUUGUACAUGUGAGCUUAGGAAUCAGUUUUUAUUCCAUUUUUUCCAUCAAAAUAUGGGCUAUUUAACAGCCCAGACAAUAUAUGUAUGAUUGGUGUCAUAGUUACAAAAGAAAAUUGUAUAUUGCAGUUUAAAAAAUUAAAAAAGUUACAUUAUCCAAUUGUUUCAUGUGUUUCCUUAGUAUAACAGUCUUCACAUUAACAACAAAGUGAACAAUACAUGUUAAAUUACAUUAUCCACAUGUGUCUGCCAGAGACUGUUGAGGAACUAGUCUCAGAAUGAGUACUGU